GCCUAAAUCGGACGUUUUCUACGCCGCAUUGAAGCAUCACCUCUGUUGUGUGGUUCGUCUCUUCGCACACACACACACACACACACACACACACACGCACACACACGCGCGCAGGCAAGAGCGACACCGCGGCAGAAAAUAAUACGUGUAUAGGUUGUUUUAGUUACGCCUCGGAUAUCAGCUCUGUUCUCUCUGCAAAGAGAAAGAAAAGAAAAGGAAAACGAAGCGUGCGUGUGCGUCGGUGAAUUCAUCCCUCCUGUUUUGUUUUCCCUCUCUCUCUCUUCCUUUGCAAUUCUCCGUUGUCUAUUCUUUCAAUUUGUGAUUGCUGCAUCGUCGCAUUGCUGUGGGUGCGUGUUGGGACUAGUGUAUAUAAAUAUAUUCCUCCUUCGCUGGCUCGUUGUCCGCACGAACUUCCUUCUCCCCGACCCGGAGUCGUGUAAUACAGAAAACUGUGGCAACAGAAGAAGUAAAACACACGGGGAUUUAUAUUGAGAAAAUGGGCAAGGCGGAUCAGAAGAAGAAGGAGAAAAUUGUCGAGGACAAGACCUUCGGCCUCAAGAACAAGAACCGCAGCGCGAAGGUGCAGGCCUUUGUGCAGCAGGUCCGCCAAAGCGUCGACCAGCGCAGCCCGCAGGCCCGCAAGUCGCAGGCCGAGUUGGAAGCGCGCCGCUCCGCAAAGGAGGCGAAGCAGGCACGCGAGGCCGAGCUGGCGAAGCUGUUCAACGACGUCGACACGCAGCAGCGCAAGAAGCGAGAAGAGGCGGCGGCGGCAGCCGGUGGGGACGGCGAUGACCAGCUCAUGUGCAACCCGGAGGACUACCUCUUCCGUCCAGAGGACUUCGAUGAGGUGGAUCAGGACGAGACGCGGCUGGAGGAGAAGCUCGAGGCCGAGCGCGAGAAGCUGAAGGAGCGCACCGACCUGACCCCUGUCACGGAGGAGACCUUCCAGGCGUGGAAGCAGCGGAAGCGUGAGGAGGCGGCGGCGGCGGAGGCGGCACGUGUGCGGAAGGCGAAGGCGGGCGAGGGCAAGAUGCGUGGGUGGGACCUGUGGCAGAUGGACAAGGACCUCUUUGUGGAUGACGAGGAGGCCGAUGAGUUCUACGAGCGUGAGGAGCAGGACGAUGCGGUCGCCGCGGAGGAGGAAGAAGAGGCGGCGUAUGACCUUUCGUAG